CGGACCCUCUCCAAUAUUGUCUGGAGCUGUCUCGCGACGAUCUUUGCGUGCACGUGGGUCGCAAUCCACUGUAACAUUCCACCUCCGCACCAGUCGUGGUUCAGGAAGCUCGGCCGCCGUCUAAAAACUACAAUUGUUGCUAUCAUUGCCCCGGAGCUCGUAGUUUUCUGGGCGACCAAACAGUGGCUUACAUCAAGGACGCUGGCCGAGGAAUAUGCGAUUGACCGCGUUAUAGAAAGCCGUAGCUGGACACAGACGCAUGGCUUUUUCGCCAUUAUGGGAGGCUUCUCUGUGUCGCGCGUCUCUGAACUCCUCCAUCCGAUGGCCUCUUGCGGGGGACUAGCACCCACAUCCCGUCCUGAUGAAUUUGACAUCGCCAUGCUGCCUUUCCCUGACAUUACGGAGGAGGAGAUCAACGAUAAGAGCAAGGGCGACUGGCUUUCGAAGGGCUUUGCAAUCCUUCAGACCUCGUGGUUCAUCUUCCAAUGUAUCGCGCGUCGUGCCCAGCACUUACCGCUCACCGAACUCGAACUGGCUACCUGCGCAUUUGCCGCGCUCAACGCUGUGAUUUACGCUUUUUGGUGGCGGAAGCCACAGUCUGUGGCAUGUCCGUAUGCGAUUGGCAGACGCCAACGCGCAAAUUUGGGAUAUCCGGAUGACGGGUGCGACGCCGGAUGCAGCAGUCUCAAUGAUUCUUACAUCUCCCCGCAGUCAGCUGUUGUCCCGAAUCCUUGGUGUAAGGACGUCGCUAUCAGCCUCUCCUGCAGUUUGACCGCUGUCUGUAACUACAUGUCGUUUGGUGUCACUGGACCUGUGGCAACAUUCGUGCAAGUCCUGGCACCGGAUGACAUCGCCGAGGAUAGAGUGUACGUGGACGAGUACUAUGCCGGAGAACUAGCGGAUAGCGAUGUUGUGAUACUGUCGUUAGUGCUAGCAGCAUGCUCGGCCGUCUUCGGCGCCAUCCAUUGCAUCGCCUGGUCACUCGAAUUUCCCUCCCGCGCGGAACAAGUGCUCUGGCGGACGUGCGCGCUCGGGAUAACGUGCAUUCCCCUUCUGGAGUUUCCGACGGUCUGGAUUCUGCCCGGGAUAUUGGACAAACACGGGAUCGUCACAUUCUAUUUGACUGCGCUGUUUGGUGUGAUAGGUAUCUUGAUAUACGGCCUCGCUCGAAUCAUCCUCCUGGUGCUCUCCUUCCUCUGCCUUAGGUCCCUCCCUGUCGGUGCAUUCAAAGCCGUUUCCUGGAUGAACUUUGUUCCCCACAUAUAG